AUGGAUACCCCUCGCUAUGUAUUCGGCGCCCAAGGAUUCGGCGUGGCCUGGACAGCUGACAAUGUCGACUACCUGAUGAAUAGCCUCACGGACGCUGGAAUCCAUCAAUUUGACACAGCUGCCCUGUAUCCUGCCACAAACCCUGGUGAAUCUGAAGAACUACUAGGUAAAAAGAAGCCAGAGAAUGCAAUCAUCGACACGAAGGUUCUGUUCAUUGGCGAUGACUCUUUAUCCUUCAAAAACAUGGGAGCCUCUAUCAAAGCCAGUUUGGAGCGUCUGCAGGUCAAGAAGAUCCACACCCUCUACGCUCAUGCCCCGGACCGCAAGACCCCCAUUCCUCUACAAGCCGCACACUUCGACCAUUACUAUCGUAAGGGGUACUUUGAAAGGUUGGGGCUGUCCAACUACAGUCCGUCUGCGAUCCGGGCCUGGAUGGAAAUCGCAGUGGAGGAGAACCUCAUUAUGCCUUCUGUUUAUCAAGGCCAGUACAACGUCUUCUGUCGAGGCUACGAGGAUGAGCUUUUCUCAGUACUCCGCGAGUUCGGCAUUGACUUCGAAGCAACUUCGCCGCUGGCGGGUGGAUUCCUCACUGGGAAGCUUUCCUAUUCACCAUCGCCUGAACAGUUAGAGGGUACCCGCUUCGAGGUCGGUGAGGGUAAUAUGCUCGGUGCAGUUUACCGCAUGUGGUACGAUCAGCCCCUCUAUCACCAAGCGAUGCGAAGGUUGGACGAUAUUGGUAAAAGGCUGGGGACUACGGGGGCCCAAUGUGCCAUGCGUUGGCUGCUUUUCCACUCCAACCUCAAAGAUCCUGACCGAAUUGUCAUCGGACCAAGUACUCUGAAGCAGCUCCAAGACUAUGUCAAUGCCCGGAAGUCUGGACCACUUCCAACCGAUGCAGCGGGCGAGAUCAGCGCGCUUUGGCCGGCCCUGAAGGAAGUUGCGGCGACGAUUAUCGAGAAGGGAUGGUGGUCUCUGUGA